CUGCUCAAACCAUGCUGGGUUAUUUAGUGCUCAUCUGCAGAUCUCAACAUACCCACACACACACAGACACACAGACACACACACAGACACACACACACACACACACACGCACACACACACACACAUACACACACACACACUGUGGUCUUGGUGCGACUUUCAUAGCAGAAACUGAGACAUGGACAAGAUGAGACUCGACAGGGGAGGCGGGGCUUACAGCUCAUUUCCUGCUUCUCAUUGGUUCAUUGGUUCAGAGUUUCAGAGCCUCCAGCCCUUCAUACCUGCAGCCGGAGCGAACACUGCUGGAGCCUGAGAUGGCGGACACACUGCGCUUACUGGGCUUUAUCCUGCUGUUGAGCGGACUGCGUGUGGCGUCAGCAGCGAUCGUGGUUGAUAUCCCGCAGAAGCAGUAUAAGAUCGCGCGGGGUGAUAAUGUGACACUGCCCUGCACCUUCACCCCGCCGCCGCCGGCCGAAUCCACCACUCUCAUCACCUGGAGAGCGGCUUCAGAUGUGCCAGACUCUCCAAUGAUCGACAUCAUCAGCUUCGUCAGUCCCACAGCAGUCAAGGUCACCACGAAAUAUAAGGGCCGGGCGUCUCUGAUUUAUGAUCUGACUAAAGGAAAAGCUGACCUGCAGCUGCUGAGAGUCACCAGCGCCGACACACGGACCUACGAAUGCCAUGUGAACGUGGUGCAGGAUGAGGAGGACGGCACUCCGUCAGACACCGCCAACCUCAUCGUCCUGGUGGCUCCAUCAACACCCAAAUGCACUAUUGAGGGGAAGACGGAGUAUUUUCAGGACAUCACCCUGACCUGCAAAUCAGAAGAGGGAACGCCUACACCGACCUACAAGUGGCAAAGCUACGAUGUGUUGAACAACCCUCGCCCGAACCCGCCGAAGGCCACCGACCUGAAUGGAAUUCUGUCGCUCUACAACAUCUCCAAAGACACGUCCGGGUUCUACGUCUGCACCUCCACCAAUGAAAUCAAAUCUGCCAAGUGUAAUCUGACUAUGGCCGUCAUGGCACCGUCCAUGAGCAUGGCGUCCACGGCGGGCAUCAUCGGGGCGGCGGCGGGCGCGCUGCUCCUCCUGCUGGUCAUCAUCAUCAUCUGCUGCUGCUGCCGCCGGAGGAAGAACAACAAGGCGGAGGAAUACGCUAUGGGGACUCCUGAAGAUGGAGAAUUCACAGACAAGGAUCCGGAAGAGGAAGAUGAACACGUGCGGUCCGAGCAGGAGCGUCCGGUGAAGAGCGCAGACCGCAGAGAUGUGCAGGACGAGCGCAGCGAGAGGAGCUACGACCGCCGCAGUGAUUACGAUGACCGCCGAGAUCAGAACAUCAGCCAGCGGGAUGAUCGUGAUGACCGAUACGAUGACCGCCGCGACCGAUACAAUGAUCGACGCGACCGCAAUGAUGAUCGCCAGGAACGCUACGAUGACCGACGGGAACGCAACGGUGACCGCCAAGAUCGUUACGAUGAUCGCCGUGAUCGCAAUGAUGACCGCCGAGAUCGUUACGAUGACCACUAUGAUCGCUACGAUGAUCGACAUGACCGCUACGAUGACCGCAGAGAUCGCCAUGAUGACCGUUACGACAGCGACCGCUACUCUGACCGCUACGACAGCCGCGACAGACCGCCCAGCGUCCCCCCGAAUAAACCCAGAGAUCCGCGGAAUUGAUUCGCUCCUCAGAAACGCAGGAUAUAGAGAUGUCUGACAUCCUGAAGCAGGAGAUUUCAUCCAAUAUUAGUCCUACACGCAUGUGUUAGUCCUGCGCCAUAUGACCAACAUCUCCGAUCGCCAUAUAAAUCAUCUCAUAUCCUGAAACAUCUACAUCACGACAUCGUCAUUAAACUCAAUUAAACAAUAGUUUAUCUACAUGUAUUGACCACGCGACUGUUCCUGUUACAUUUUAAAAUAUUUGCUGAAAUGUGAUUGUCUUUCAGGGCAAAUGUUCGAUUAAGAAUGUUUAAUAUAAAAUAACUAUUAAUGACAGAUUAAACACGUUUCUAAGGUAUUGCGAAAGCACUGUACGUUUUCCCCAUGCUGUUAUUCUCGUUUCUGCCUGCAUCCUUCUGCUGGGUUAGGGUUAUCUAAAUCCAAACGAGGAACAAGUAUUACUGUAAACGAUGACAAUAAUAAUAUAAACAAGCACAACAGGAAAUGUUUUAUUGCUCAGCCCUAGCUGCUGCGCUUUAUAGUCAGUUAAUACACAACGGUCUUUAAUACUUGACUCUGAUUGGUCAGUCACAGAAUUCCAAUGUAUGCUAUUCCCGAAUAACCCCUGCAGAAACUAACAACACACACUCGUCAGGGCACUUCAAAUCUUUAUCUUGACCGUCAGUGAACACGUUUAUCUAUAUAUGCUUGUCUGUUUCGCCGCUGUUUUUGACUGUUUGGCGCCCUCUUGUGACUGAAUAAUGUGCAGGUUAGUGUAUACUCCAUUCAGCUGCUUUCGUUUCUGUCAGCUUCGCCCUUCAUGAAUGAAUGCUAUAUAAUGGGUCAGAACAAUAUUUUUUGUCAGAUAUUUAUAUUUUCUGGCAAGCAGCCGUAUAAUAAACAGGAUAAAGCACACCCAGCCGGUGGUUUUCACAGAAUAAACCCUUCUAUUGUAAAUGUUCUUUGUUUUUCCUCUUUGUUUCUGUUGAUUUCUGUGAACAAAUGUCUUUUAAAACUUUAAAUAUACACUCAAAACAAUUAUUCAAAGAUGAUUCCUUAGAUUAACUCAAUUUUUUUACGCUUAGUGGUUGUAAACAAUUUAUUUGGGCUGAAUUUAAACAAACAAAUUAAGUUGAACAUUAUUAAAUUAAAUGUAUUUUAAUUCAACACAUAUAAAUUGUGUGCAACAGUUCUGCAUGCAACACUUUUUUCAGUGUAGGAAUAGAAUAAAUAUAUUAGACUUCAGUUUAUUUCUCUUUAUUUUUGUAUUGUUUGUAAAUGAAAUAUUCAGGCAUAUCAUGUGUGUUGCAGGCAGUAAAACUGGUUUAGCGGAGUUCCCGGUGCAGCUGUUUAACAUUCAGACUUCUGUUUUAUCUGUGAAGCUGAAGUUUAGGAGUGAGAGGAGUUUGUGGCCUGACCGACCGGUUUACUUCACUUUAUAUUGUGAUGACGUCACAGGAAGGGUAUUUAUGACAGACUGCAUCGAUCAGCUUGACCAGAUCAUACUGCCUGUAUAAUGAUUCAGGAUUUUGAUCUCUGCAUUAUGCUGAAUGUUCUUAUAUUGUUUCUCAUGCCAUGUCGUUUCUAUACUGUUCUCUGAUGAUCAUUAAACGCAUGUUUUUACUCCAUGGAAA